CAUUGAUCUGUUCACAAAAGCCGCAUUUCAUCAUCAUCUCCUUGUGUAAUAUAUCGCAAUUUCUGGAUAAUCGCACCAAAACUCCAGCUCAGAUCGCUAACAAGGUCCCUGUAUUCUGUCUUUAAUUUCAUGGCAACUGCUUCUUUGCUCGAAUAGAGCCCAUUGAAAUGGCGGCAGAGCCUCCCUAUCCAGUUAUCCCCGCCUCGUCCUCUUCCGUCUAUUCCUUAUCCCCUCCCUCUCAGACCUACUGAAUGCGGCGAUAACUUGACAAUUAAAGGGCUGAGCUUUGCUAAAUUCAGCGUUGAAUGCUCUUUCAUGGAUAAACUUUUAACGAACUCGGUUAAUAAUGAUCCAAGUUCAAGUUCGAGUUCGAAUUCCAAUCCCAAAUCCCCUGCUAGAUCUGUAACAAUCAACCCCUUUAAGAUCAUUUACAAUAUGAUCAUAAAAUCUCUUGAAGCGCUUAAAAAACCUGCAAUUGCAACUAUUUUAGUGGGGCUUUUAUUGAUGUACAACCCUAAUUCUGCAUUUGCUGCCUCCGGUGGGAGAAUGGGUGGGAGGUCUUUUUCCCAGUCAUCUUCAUUAUCGUCUAGAAGCUAUUCAGUUCCUCAUACGUCCAGUUCAGGGUUUUCAUACUCGGUGCCGUACUACGCGCCAUCGCCGUUCGGUGGUGGUGGCGGCGGCGGCGGCAUUUACGUUGGUCCUGCAGUCGGAGUCGGUGUGGGUGCUGGGUCUAGUUUAUGUUUUAUAUUGGCCGGUUUCGCGGCGUUCAUGUUGGUUUCAGGGUUCCUUUCCGAUAGGAGUGAGGGUGGGGUGCUCACUGAUACAGCUAGAACUAGUGUUCUUAAGCUUCAGGUUGGGUUGUUGGGCAUGGGCAGGUCUCUUCAGAGAGAUCUCAAUCAAAUUGCAGAAAUUGCAGAUACAUCCUCGUCAGAGGGUCUGAGCUAUGUAUUGACAGAGACAUUACUAGCUUUGCUUCGGCAUCCUGAUUAUUGCAUCUCUGGCUAUUCAUAUGCGGAUGUGAAGCAAAGCAUUGAGGAUGGUGAGAAACGUUUUAAUCAACUAUCUAUUGAAGAAAGGGGGAAAUUUGAUGAAGAAACGCUUGUUAAUGUGAACAACAUAAAAAAGCAAGCCACAACAAGCCAAAGAGCUAAUCGAUUUAACAAUGAGUAUAUAGUGAUAACUAUCUUGGUGGCUGCCGAAGGAGCACAUAAACUGCCGACCAUCAAUGGUAGCGGAGACCUAAAGGAAGCAUUGCAAAAGCUAGGUUCCAUUCCCACCAGCAAAAUACUUGCAGUUGAGGUGUUAUGGACCCCUCAAAAUGAAAAUGAUACACUGACGGAGCCGGAGCUGCUGGAAGAUUAUCCACUUUUGAGGCCUCUGUAAAAAUUGUAUAGCAUUAACUUGGAUCUCCUGAUUUUAAAAAGUUUAAGGGGCAUUUGUAUAGGAUAAGUUUAUGUAUGGGAUUGGAAGCAUUCUCAUCUCUUAUUGAAUAGAUGGCUUUAUGUUUUAUUGAAUUGUUAAACUUAUAAAGAGAAAUGUGUAAUUUAUACGGCAAUACUUAGUCUUCUUGCUAGCAA